AUGAAGGACAUUUAAUAUACUGUUGUGAUACAUAGCCCGGUUUUAAAGCAAAGGAAUUGAGAAAACAAAGGCUCUUUUCUCCUUUUUAUCUUCUUCUCGAAAGACAUGUCGACGACCUGCGUCGAGGUUGCGCCGGAGCAGCUCUGCUAUAUCCCUUGCAACGUCUGCAACAUAGUGCUUGCGGUGAGUGUUCCAUGCAGCAGCCUGUUUGAUAUUGUGACAGUCCGAUGCGGGCACUGCACUAAUCUAUGGUCUGUGAACAUGGCGGCUGCAUUUCAGUCACUGUCAUGGCAAGAUGUUCAGGCACCCAGUUAUGCAGCACAAAAUCACAGGAUGGAUCUGGGUUCAUCUUCCAAAUGCAACAACACCAAGCUCUCUUCAAGAAAUGUUACCGAGGAAAGGGUUGUUAAUCGACCUCCUGAGAAGAGGCAGCGAGUGCCAUCUGCAUACAAUCAGUUCAUAAAAGAGGAGAUCCAAAGGAUCAAGGCCAACAAUCCAGAUAUCAGCCACAGGGAAGCAUUCAGCACUGCUGCUAAGAAUUGGGCGCACUUCCCUCAUAUCCACUUUGGCCUCAUGCUUGGAAAUCAACAACCAAACUAAGAUGGAUGAUGAACAAAAAGUUAUGUUUUAAGAUUGAAGAAGUACCCUAAAUCCCCAGUGAAUUUAAAGCUAUGGUUUGAAGAAGACGAAGGACAUGAUCCUAUGUGUGUCUUGAGGACAUGG